UCUUUGCAGAAGUCGACAAGGAGACAUCCAUGGAUUUCUAAGCAUCCUGUACAUAUUGGGGACCACAAGAAAACUACGUGUAGAAAGUGUUAUCUAUAUGCAGUAGUUCGCAUUUGAGGAUUUUUAUGUUUUUGUUCAAGAGGAACUGACUGGUUCAUGUACCGGGCAAAAUAGUUUUGGAAAGAUUUGGCUCCCCAUUAUUAAGGAUUGGGUCAUCUGUAGAUUCUGCAAUGUCUUGUUCUGACGCACGGACUACUACAUCGCGCACUCCUUGAGAUAUCAAAUGGCUAUGGACUUUGCGCGUAUGGCGACAUGGUUUCAGGCUGACAUACCACACAGGAGCCUUCUUGUUCAUUUGGAAAGUUACACAUCGCAUAUGUAUUUUUGGACAAAGGCAAUGGGUAAUUCCUAAGCCGAGAUCGGAGAAGAAACUGGGCACAGACAGACACGGAGAGAGCGAGCGAGAGGGAAUAGAGAGGAGCGCACUUGUUGUUUGGAAAUGAUUUUGAUAUUUCUCUUUUUCUCGAUCUUGGAUGGAGGGUUAUCGCAGCUGCACUUCUCGGUUCCGGAGGAGCAGGAGCGCGGGACGGUCGUGGGAAAUAUCGCCGAAGAUCUGGGGUUGGACAUUACCAAACUUUCCGCGCGCCGUUUCCAGACCGUGCCGAGCUCGCGCACUCCGUACCUGGAGGUAAACUUGGAAAACGGCGCGCUGGUGGUGAACGAGCGCAUCGACAGAGAGGAGAUAUGUCGCCAGACCGUUCCGUGCCUCCUGCACCUCGAAGUGUUUUUGGAGAACCCGCUGGAACUGUUCCGCGUCGAGAUCGAGGUGAUGGAUAUAAACGACAAUCCGCCGAGUUUUCCAGAGACGGACAUCACAGUGGAGAUCACCGAGAGCGCCACGCCGGGCACCCGGUUCCCGGUGGAGAAUGCCUUUGACCCAGAUGUAGGGACUAAUGCCCUGAGCACCUACGCCAUCACCACCAACAACUACUUUUACUUGGACGUACAGACGCAGGGCGAUGGCAACCGAUUCGCGGAGCUCGUGCUGGAUAAACCCUUGGACCGGGAGCAGCAGGCGGUGCAUAGGUACGUGCUCACUGCCGUGGACGGAGGGCAACCUCAAAGGACCGGUACCGCAUUGCUGGUGGUUAAAGUGCUGGACUCAAACGACAACGCGCCCACGUUCGACCAAUCCGUUUACUCCGUGAGCUUGCGUGAGAACUCUCCUGUUGGCACGCUCGUUAUCCAACUGAACGCCACCGACAUGGACGAGGGCCAAAACGGAGAGAUUGUUUACUCGCUAAGUAGUCACAAUCCCCCGCGCAUUCGGGAUCUGUUUAACAUUGACUCGCGCACCGGGAGGAUCGAAGUGACCGGUGAGGUGGAUUACGAGGAGAGCAGCACGCAUCAAAUCUACGUGCAGGCGAAAGACAUGGGAGCGAACGCCGUGCCCGCGCACUGCAAAGUUUUGGUUAAGCUGAUAGACGUGAACGACAACACGCCGGAGAUCAGUUUCAGCACCGUCACAGACUCGGUGAGCGAGCAGGCUGUCCCGGGCACGGUGAUCGCGCUAUUGAGCGUGACAGACCGCGACUCCGGUGAGAACGGACAGAUGACUUGCGAGUUGCACGGCGAGGUGCCGUUCAAGCUCAAAUCGUCUUUUAAAAACUAUUACACAAUCGUCACGGACGGCCCGCUGGAUCGCGAGAAAGCGGAGUCGUACACGCUCACGGUGGUCGCGAAAGAUAAGGGGGUGCCCUCUCUCUCCACUACCAAGUCCAUCAAAGUUCACGUUUCGGACGAAAAUGACAAUGCACCUAGGUUCAUGCAGUCGGCUUACGACGUGUACGUGACGGAGAAUAAUGUCCCGGGCGCGUACAUUUACGCGGUAAGCGCCGUGGACCCCGAUGUUGGACAGAACGCAUAUGUCACUUACUCCAUAUUGGAGUGCGAAAUACAGGGUAUGUCCAUUUUAACCUACGUGUCCAUCAACUCCGAGAACGGCUACCUGUACGCGUUGCGCUCUUUUGAUUACGAGCAAAUUAAAGAGUUCAGUUUCAUGGUGCACGCCAAGGACUCGGGAUCACCCGAGUUAACGGCCAACGCCACUGUUAAUGUCAUCAUAGUGGACCAGAACGACAAUGCGCCGUCUGUAAUAGCGCCUCUGGGCAAAAACGGUACAGCGAGGGAACAUUUACCCCGGUCAGCCGAACCGGGAUACCUGGUGACCCGUAUCGUUGCCACAGAUGGGGACGACGGGGAAAACGCGCGCCUGUCCUACAGCAUCAUUCGCGGAAACGAGCUUGGGAUGUUUCGGAUGGACUGGAGAACCGGCGAGCUGCGCACCGCGCGUCGGGUGUCCAGCAAACGAGACCCGCCGCACCCGUACGACCUGUUGAUCGAAGUGCGCGACCACGGCCAGCCACCCCUCUCGUCCUCGGCGAGCAUUAACGUGCUGCUCGUGGACAGUGUAGUGGAGGGCCGGAGCGGCGACCGGGGGUCCGUAAAGUCUAAAGAGGGCUCGCUGGACCUGACGCUGAUCCUCAUCAUCGCGCUCGGCUCCGUGUCCUUCAUCUUCCUACUCGCCAUGAUCGUGCUGGCCGUGCGCUGUCAAAAAGACAAGAAACUAAACAUCUACACGUGCAUGGCUGGAGAAUCGUGCUGCCAAUGUUGCAGUCGUCAAGCGCGAGGGCGCAAGAAGAAACUCAGCAAGUCAGACAUCAUGCUCGUGCAAAGCACCAACGUGGCCGGCACCGCGCAGGUACCCGUGGAGGAGUCGGGGAGCUUCGGCUCCCACCACCAAAACCAGAAUUACUGCUACCAGGUGUGCCUGACACCGGAGUCCGCCAAAACUGAUCUGAUGUUCCUCAAACCCUGCAGCCCGUCCCGAAGUACAGACACGGAGCACAAUCCGUGCGGGGCCAUCGUUACCGGAUACGCGGACCAGCAACCAGACAUAAUCUCCAACGGAAGCAUUCUAUCAAGCGAGACCAAACACCAGAGAACUGAGCUCAGCUACCUGGUGGAUAGACCUCGACGAGUCAACAGUUCAGCAUUUCAAGAGGCAGAUAUAGUCAGUUCUAAAGACAGUGGACACGGAGACAGCGAACAGGGUGACAGUGAUCACGAUGCCACCAACCGGGGCCACACAGCAGGUGCUGAUCUUUUCUCCAACUGCACGGAGGAGUGCAAGGCUCUGGGUCAUUCUGACCGUUGCUGGAUGCCCUCCUUCAUGCCCAGCGACAGUCGUCAGGGUGCCGAUUACCGUAGCAACCUGCACGUCCCGGGGAUGGAUGCGGUCCCGGACACUGAGGUACAGGAGAGCGUGGUUCCGGGCGAUGCGUGCAUCGGGCCUGAUGAUAGAUCAUUCUCUACGUUCGGCAAAGACAAGUCACACCACGGCACGCUCACACGUCACGAGCUACACACACUCUUACCAAGCGCGAGAGCGCCUUACAAACCCAACUACCUGUGUGAGUACUCGCUCAAAGUGUACGAUUUCUGAAAGCCCCUGAUCUGAUUCACCGAUUCACAGACAUCUGUUCUGAAUCUAACCCAUGGCUCUGUGCAUAUACCUAUUUAUAAAUAAUGUAAUCCCAUUCCUCAAAACACCAUUUUUUUACAUUUUCUCUCGCUCUCCAAUUUGUCUUCCCCUUUCCUUCAAAAACAUAAUUAUGUAUAAUAUAUGGACAUAUCAAUAAAGUACUUUUUUGAAAUUGUGCAGUUGUGUCCAACAUUUUGUCCUCCCAAUACCCUCUAAAUUCUCCCACCCCAAACAUCCAAUGACAUUGGUUACACUAUUCUCCAUUAUAAGUUUGCUUUAUCGGCUCAUAAAUACUUUAUUAAUGAGUCAUACUACCCUACAUACUACAAUACACACUGUGUGCUGUGACUUUUCCUUUAGCUGAGAACAAUCAAUAUCAUAACCACAUAAGCAUGGUAUGCAAUACAUCGCUCUCCAUUGCUUUACUUACUUAACGUCUAUAUGAUGUGUUACGAAGGUAUGCUAUUUGCAUUAUAAUGCAUGCAUGACCAAUUAUAUGCAAUGCAUUAUGCUCUAAGUAUUUUAAUUUAUUACAAUAACCAUGCAAUAAUUACUAGUAAGAUACCAUAUAAUUGACUAGUACAAUGUCUACUAUUAAGCACAACAAAUACCUUCAGAAUGCAGCAUGUAUGAGGUACUUAAGUAAAGCAUAACCUUAACCACAUCACAUGGUUGUAAUCAUGGAUCUCAUAGCACAUCUUCAGCUGUAUGCAUUAUGGAGCAUGUUUAUGUUCUAAUACACAGCAUGUCAUAUGGAAUGGCUACAUGCAUUAUGGAUUAAAGCUUCAAAGCACAUUUAUCCCACUGUCAUAUGCAUUUUUCAGCAUGCAUAUACAUAGGUGAUAAAAUCUUUCAGUGUUUGGCUAUGUGUCUGUCAUCAUGUACGGUAUCCAUGUGGGUUGUAAUUGCCAUAUGUCACCGUUAUACUGUAAGUGCACUUGUGACAGCAGUCAAAGCGGUCCGCCUUCUUGUCUGAGAUUAUAGCAUGCAAACUGUAGCGGAGUACGCUCACUGCAGCCAGAGACAUUCAGCACUUUUGACUUUUGACUGUGUUCAUUUUUUAAAUAACGGAUAUUGUAUGUAGCACUUCACUAAAGCAUGGGGAUGUGUACUGUACUAUGUGUACUAAAUGUGCAUGUAUUUUUUUUUUGAGACAUGUGAAUAUAACAGACCUUAUAUCCACAAGCCCCACCUUCACAAAUAUUUGCAUAAUUGUUUUUUAAUUAAAAUUUGGGUUAAACACUCUCACAAGCAAAUGUUACUCUUGCUAAAAUGAAUGUGUUUUCUGUAAGCCUGUGCACUUUAAAAACAGCAGGUUGUUUUCUUUUAAUACACGGUUGGGUCAAAAAUUACAAACCCAGCUAGAACAAGUUCAAUAUUUGACACAACCAUGUGUUUAAACAACACAGCAUUUUUAGCGUGGUUAUUGUUUCAGAGAUCUUCAUCAAUUUUAAAUCUCUUUGGAUGUCUUGUUUGUAUUGCUUUUAUGACAAUUUUAUAUAGAUAAGUUUUAUACAUUUACCCAUAACAACAUCGAUCAGAACAAAGCACACACUGUAAAAAAAAUGCAGCACAAAGUUAAAACAACUUGAUUUUGCAAGUCAAUUCAACCUACUAUUUUAAGUUUUGACAUAACUUCAAGUUGAAAUUAACAUUUUUGAGUUAAAGUAACAUAAAAAUUUGUGUUGAUUUGACAAAAAUACUGUGAUUUUUUUACAGUGAGCUAAAACAAAGUAAUACAAGAGUCCUCAAUAGUGUACUUAACUAAAUAAGUGUGUUACACUUAAUUGCUGUGCGCUCUGAAAGCACUGUCCAAUCACAAUACAGACAAUCUCAGAAAAAAAUUAUAAUUUUGGUACAGAUAUGUACCUUUGAGGAACAGUACCAUUAUGUACCUCGAAAGUACCAAUGUGUACUUUUGAGAAGCCAAUAUGAACCUAAAACACAAAAUUGUAGUUUUUGAAAAGGUACAGCCCCAGCGACAACUUUUGUACCUUUUUUUUCUGACAGUGUGGAGGAACACACAAAAAUUUGUUGUUCAAGUAAAAAAAAAAAGUUACAUGGUUGCGUAAAAUUUUACAGAGCCCCUAAGGUGACAUUGGAGUA